GACAACGUCAUCAUGCCCCUGACCUUCACCUUCAUCAUCCUUGUCGGAGUUCUAGGCAACGGGAUUUUAGUGACAAUCGUGGCCGUCAACAAAAACAUGCGUUCCACCCCCAACAUUCUGCUCGUCAGUUUGGCCAUUGGAGACCUUCUGCUCCUAAUUUUCUCCGUGCCAUUUCAAUCAGUGAGGUACGCCUACAUGAGCUGGCCAUUCGGUCUGCUAGUCUGCAAGUUCAGUGAAUUCUCUGUUACUCUCUCUCUAGGCGUCACUGUCUUCACUCUCACCGUUCUCAGUUGGGAGAGGUCGGUGGCUGCUGUGGCUGUUGGUCGUGAUGGUGUGGCUGUUGUUGGAGUUGUUGCUGUUUUGAGGAUUACCUACUUGUCGAUCAUCUCCUUUUUUGCCAGCAUAAAUUUCUCCUUUCAAGGCAAAACCAUUUGUAGCAUCACAAACCCAAAAUAUUUUAAUUCCAUACUUAGCUGGUUUAUUUGGCAUCACUGUUACUGCUUACGAAACGAUGACGUCACCUACGACACCCUCACCCACUUCCUCAUCUUCUUCAUCUUCCCCAUCAUCGUCAUCAGCAUCUUCUACGGAAGAAUGGCGGCCAUCUUGAUCCAGAGCUCCAAAAACAUUCCCGGCGAUCAAAUAGAGGCGAGAAAGAAAGUAGCGAAGAUCGUGCUGAGUUGCAUCGUCAUCUUCAGCCUCUGCUGGCUACCGCACCACAUCUACCAGAUCGCAUAUUCCUUCUCGCUAUUCGAGUACAACCGUUUCUGGCAUUGGUUCAAGAUCGUCGGUAUCUGCACAUCGUACAUGAACAGUUGCGUCAACCCAAUCGCCCUCUACUUUCUCAGCAAGCAGUUCCGCAGGUACUACGACCAGUACUUC